CGUUUAGGGUUUGGGUAUGGAAAGGGGUUGCUACGUGCAGUGGGCAACUCAGCCAGCUGCGAGUUGACUCUGCUGAACUGCGAGUUAACUCUGCUGCAGCACUUCUUCAUGUCGAAGUACUCGCUUCGUACCCUGAGUUACGGUUUUUCUCAAGUGAACGACUACUUGAGCAAACGGGAGGAGGACAUAGGGGCGGGAGAGGAGGAGGGAGGGUCAGAGUCCGACCCACCAAACAACGGUGACGCAGCAGAAGCAUCAUCAGAACUAGACGGUGUACCGCAACAACAGCAACCGCAGCAGCAAAAACAGAAGCCGAAGGAACAGCCUAACAAACGUGAGAAGCCAACGGAAGAUACGGAGGGACCGCGAUCUCCAAAGCGGCGCCGCCACGAAGAUGCAGCGGAGACUGAGGCAAGCGGUAGAGCCUCGAAAUCCCCGCAGCAGAAGCAACAGCAGAAGGUGAAGAUGACGCAAGAACGACUGACAACUGCAUCAUCUUUAUCAGAACCAGCAACAGCUGCAGCGUCACCUGAGAAUGUGAAGGGGAAGGGGAAGAAGGCACGACAAGGGCAUCCACCGAAGCAUGAACAGCAGCAGCAGCACCAUCACCAGCAGCAGCCGCUUGGCUUUAAGCCCCUGCCUCUUUCGCGGCUGAUCCGCGCUCGUUUAAGGGAGUACCAGGAGGAGGGUGUGGAUUGGUUGUUUCGCUUGCACCGUGCGGGGGCGAACUGCAUUCUUGCAGAUGAGAUGGGUUUAGGAAAGACAAUUCAGACGAUCGCGUUGCUGGCGAAGAUGGCUUUGGAAAUGGGGAUUUGGGGCCCUCACCUGGUGGUGGCCCCCACCAGCGUGCUUGAGAACUGGGAUGCGGAAUUUAAGAAGUUUCUGCCUGGGUUUAGAGUGCUGCUAUACUACGGCUCUGCAGCUGAGCGACAGAAGAAGCGCCAGGGGUGGACGCGAAAACAUGCGUUUAAUGUCUGCAUUGUGAGCUAUGCAACUGCGGUCAAAGACGCCGCAAUCCUGAAGAGGAGAGAGUGGUACUCGCUGGUGCUCGACGAAGCACAGAACAUCAAGAACUUCAGCUCAAAGCGGUGGCAGACCCUCCUGACCUUCAACUCGCAGCACAGACUGUUGCUAACAGGCACACCGCUGCAGAAUCACCUGCUGGAGUUGUGGUCUCUUAUGCACUUUUUGAUGCCAACAGUCUUCUCCUCUCACGAAAACUUCAAAGAAUGGUUCGACACUCCCCUCACCGCUGCCAUUGAGCAAUCGCGAGUGCAGCGACACCAGCGACUGGUUGCACAGUUGCACCAAGUCCUCCGACCUUACAUCUUGCGGCGGCUCAAGAAGGAUGUGGAGAAACAAAUGCCCAGCAAAUAUGAACAUGUCGUAAAGUGUCAGCUGACAAGGCGGCAGCGUUGUCUGUACGACGAGUUUUUGGGGUCUCGCGCUGUUCAGGGCUUGCUGCACGAACAGCAUUACAGAGGCAUGCUGAACGCCCUGAUGCAGCUGAGGAAAGUCUGCAGUCACCCCGACCUAUUUGAGGCCAGAACCACCAGAACGCCCCUGGGGAUCAGUGACCUAGGUACAGUGGAGAUGACAAUUCCCGCAACCGUCUGCCUUUGGCUGCAGGAACCCUGGUGCCUCGACAAAGAAGCGGCGACACAGCGCAUUACAAGCCCUUUGGCUUCUUUACUAUUGCGAGAGACGCACAGCAACAAAUAUGCAGAGGCAGAAGCUGCCGCUCUCUCGCGGCCCCUGCUGCCACUGCUUGGCCCCCUUCCGCCAUUCGCCGAGUCUGAGGCUGCUGCUGCAUGCAGCAGCAGCCUCCCUUGUGAGCCCGAUAAAGCGCAUGCAGCCCAUGUGGAGAAGCUCUUGGCUGCCUUCGACCUGCCAGUGUUGAGAGACCCCUGCGCUUUGUCCGUCAACGACAUUCCUUCCCCGACCUUCUUCCCAUCUUCCGCCGCGGACGCACUCUCUGCAUCAGCAACAACUAUGGAAGGCCUUCAACAGCAGCAGCAGGUGAACCAGUGGAAUACAGAUUUGGCCCAGUGCGGUAUUACGCAAAAGGCUGUGUGUAAAGAUGAAGACGUUGCAGGCUUCGCCUCGUUGAGGUGCCAAAAGGAGAACAGGCAGCAGCAGGAGCAGCAGCAGCCGCCUUUGCUUUGGGGUCCCAACGGUUUGAUAGACGGCAGUUGGUUCUUAGGAGGAGCGUUCGGGGCUGCAUCCAUUCCCGAUAUCAGCGGCCUAAUGCGCUCAAAACAGAAACAAGUGGAAGAAGAGCAGCAGCCAUCAGAGGACCUCUUGCCUUUGCCCCUCAAGUUUCUGCAGUGGCAGGUGUCUACUCAGAUGAACAGCGACGACGAGCUAGUGCUACCGCAGGAUGCAACAGGAGGAGGAGGGGCAACCUCAGGAGCAGCAACAGCCGUUGCAGCGGAAGCUGCUUUUGAGAACAACCUGACAGGGGGGGUGCCAGCAGCUGCUGUUCCUUCUUCUCGAGCAGUACAAAGCAAGUGGGGGUAUCUGCUCUCGGGAGGCUUUGAUCGGCAGACUGGUCUGCCGCUCAUAGUCAAACGGCUGCCUGAAAAUGAUAUGGCCAGUGCUGGAGCGAGGACCGCAAGACAGGGAGCCUGGUGUCAAUGGCAUCUUAGAGAUGCGGCUGCAGCUAGACAGGCAGCGAAGGCAAGCCGAUUCCGGUUUUUGUGUUAUUUGCAUUUUCUAAAUCGUCUCUCUCCUGAACUGUACUUGGGAGUUGACGGCCGCCGUUUCAUUCGAACAUUGGUUCGGCGUGGAGCCUCGUACCCUCCAUUUUAUGUCUACAACGAAAUCCGGUCGACGGAAGACUACUUUAGCAGAACUUCCUUUAGCGAUUUCCUCUUUCCAUCCCCUUCGCAAGUUUGCAGGCGCUUUAAACCCCUCCUCGGUAUUCUCACUUGCGUCUGUUCGCCGCGCGUGCAUGCACAGCCCCACCGCGUAUACUUGAGGGGCCCUGGCGGCCAGACAGCUCGCGCUUCUUCAUUGCGUGCACUUGAAGGAGCAGCUUUGACUUUGUUGGAAGGGUACAGACUACGCGAGCCGCUACUGCGCCGCGAGCACCCUCCCACUUAUGGGUUGCGGUGGGGGGGGCCCCAAGGGGCCCCCGACGGGCCUUUAUUAACACCAGGGGACUUCCGUGCGGCAUAUACUGCGCUUCUGCAGAAGGGAGCAGCAGAUGAAGAAAAAGGAAGGGUUGUGGGCAGACAUCUGAUGCAUAUGCCUGCUUGCUACGGAGUAGCAGGAUCCCGCCCGGCUUUUUGUCCUGAAAACGAUUACUGCAAUGACCUCUUGGGGGGGCACUCGGCCCCCCAGAGUUUUAUAUUGAACUCUCGUGAAGAACCGGAGGGUAUUGUGAGGGAAACGCUUUCUCGCAUGCAGUGUCUCUUCCCCCCGAAGCAGCUGAUUCAGGCUGAUUGUGGAAAGCUGAUUGCAAUGGCCGAGCUGCUGCACAAACUCCGCGCUGAAGGCCACCGCUGCAUCAUCUUCACGCAGUUCAGCCGCAUGUUGGACGUCUUGGAGUCUUGGAUUAACUACCAAGGGUUUGUUUACCUUCGUCUGGAUGGAUCGACAAGGGUCGAUAACCGUCAGCGUUUGGUGAAUCAGUUUAACACGAACCCCCGCAUUUUUCUCUUCAUAGCCUCAACUCGAGCCGGAGGGGUCGGCAUUAACCUCACAGGCGCAGACACCGUCAUCUUCUACGACACUGACUGGAACCCGGCAAUGGACAGACAAGCUAUGGAUCGGUGCCACCGCAUUGGGCAGACGCGCGAUGUGCACAUCUACCGUUUGGUAUGUGCACACACAAUAGAGGAGAAUAUUUGGAGGAAGCAGCUGCAGAAGCGUCUGUUGGAUGAAAUCGUUGUAGAUCAGGGUUCGUUUACAGCGACGAAUGCUGCAAGAAAGCUCGGCAGACUCGAGGUGGAGGGGCAGAAGGGGUCUGACCUACAGGAGACCGAGUGGUACUCGAACGCGAACAUGGUGAAAGAACUCCUCACGGUGAAGCAAGAACAAACAGAUGACUUGUACGUAGACCGCGUCCUUCAUGAAUCUUCAGCAGACACCGCACCACUGCCACUGGCGCCGCUGAGAGGAGGGAAGAGUUCUGUUUUCGAGUCGGUUAUGGAUGAAGUGGAAGACGUUGAAGACAGAGUUGCCCUCAGACAAACGGCUACAGAACAGAAAAUGGUGCAACAAGAAAUGAGCGAUGACUUCCGGGAUGAGAAUCAGGACCCCGCAGAUGAAGUGGCUGCUUCUCUGAACAACUUGCCGGCGCUGGCGACAUACUGCAUUAAAUUUUUGACCGACAAUAAGAGCAAUUCUCUUAUUGUCCAGAUUGAGCGGUUCAAGGCGCAGCUGGAGAGCGAACGAGCAGCAGCUGCAGGAGAGGGUGAAGGGGCAGACGGAAGCGCAUCUGCUGCUGACGCAGAUUCAGACGGCAGUGAUACAGAUGACGAGGAAGGAGAUACAACCAGCGAGAUGUCAGCAGCGUGGGAGAGUGAACUAGAGGAGGAGGAAGAAGCCGAGGCCGGAGACACAAAAUGA